UCGGAGCCUCGCUAUUGGACACGUCUCGAUUCGCUUUUCCAUUGGCUGUUGGGACAAUCCCUGUGUCGGAGCCAAUCAGAAUAGGCCCUUCUGAUCCGCCGGCGCCGUAUAUAAGGCAAGGAGGGUGAUAGCUCAGUAAUUCUCCAGGGUUCUGCAGAAGUUUGUGGUUGCUGCUCUCUACUCAUCGAAUCGCUGCGAUGUCCGGGCGCGGGAAGCAGGGCGGGAAGGCGCGCGCCAAGGCCAAGUCGCGCUCGUCGCGGGCCGGGCUGCAGUUCCCCGUGGGCCGCGUGCACCGCCUGCUGCGCAAGGGCAACUACGCGGAGCGCGUGGGCGCCGGCGCGCCGGUGUACCUGGCGGCCGUKCUGGAGUACCUGACGGCCGAGAUCCUGGAGCUGGCGGGCAACGCGGCCCGCGACAACAAGAAGACGCGCAUCAUCCCCCGCCACCUGCAGCUGGCCAUCCGCAACGACGAGGAGCUCAACAAGCUGCUGGGCAAGGUGACGAUCGCGCAGGGCGGCGUGCUGCCCAACAUCCAGGCCGUGCUGCUGCCCAAGAAAACCGACAGCCACAAGGCUAAAGUGAAGUAAAUUUUUUCUGAGACUGAUUAAACCCAAAGGCUCUUUUCAGAGCCACCCACAAUAAUCAUAAACAGAGUGGAAUCACUGCAGUUCUURGUUAUGUAGUGAAUGCAGGCAUGUUUCUCUUUAAACAUCUUUGCAGUUCAUGACACAGCAAAAUGGGAGUGGUUUUCACAACCGCGGUUUUUCCCAUCUCAUCCAAUAUAGGAAAAAGAGAUGUGUGUUAACAUCGGUGACCUGGUGUUCACUGARGUGAAUUUUCCUAAUACUGAUUUGGUAAUAAAUUUAGACUUCCAUAGGGGAAGGAAGUCUACACUCUACAAGUCCUGUCUGUGCAACCUUGUUCCAUCUGAUGAAACUUGUCUGCAUCUUGGAUUGUUCCAAACAACGGGAAAGACUUCUAAGAAAAACUGAGUGCAUCAUCUCGAUGUUGUUUGAGUAGAUUGAAAUUCUAGUUUGUAGAUGGUUGAUAUUUCAACAAUUUUAUGGGUUUCUGUCCCUUAUAAAAGCAUGCUCUGAUAUCAAGAGUACAAUUGUAAUAGUCAAAAAAGAUACAUAAUUCAUAAUUAUUCUUGUAGUCAGUCAUUUUUUUUCUGAUAAUGUGCUCAGUCAUUCUGUAGUUCUAGUUGUGAAUUACAUAUGUGGGAAAUAAAGCAAAAAAAAAAAAAAAAAGGAAAAAGAUAUGACUAUAUAGGGUCUGAAUAAUGAAGGGCCACAGGACCUUAAAUAUAUAUUGUACAGCCAGACACCCUUGUGAAGAUUCUUUAGAAAUCUGGUUUAUCAGAACUGGGGCAAGUGGGCAGAUAGGUUUUGAAGACACAAAUAUUUUCUAACAAUGCUGGUGUGAACAUUGGCAAUGUCCUAUAAUGGGCACAGAUGGUCUCUCGGAUAUKUUUGACAAUAACUUAUUUUUGCAACAGCAGAAUGGGAGAGGAAGGUUAAAAUGCCUCCUUGGGCUUGUGUUAAUGGGAGCACUUAGCAGCUCGGGCAAGGCAUCGGAACACCCCACGCCUCACCCGAUCUGCCCCUGCUAGGGGAUGUUGCAUCCUUCACUACAGCUCCCUCUUUCCCCCUCACCUCAUCCCGGGCUUGAAGAAAGGAGUCUGGGUGAAUUUUGGAAUGGCAGGAUGCUCAGUGGCUCCUGGAUUGACACASUGUGUGUAUAUUAAAACAAAGGAGUCAUAUGAAUUUGUAGUUUGUUUGGGUUUUUUUCUCUUCAUUGUGCAUUUUGUGAUUUCAUCGUAUGAGUUUCAUUUGGGUGCUUUGAAGAGAGCUCGGCUGAAGCUGAGUGAUCCUUUUGCUGCGUAAAUGCAGUGGGGGAUGACUAAGAGUGGAUGGUUCCCAUCAGGAACCACUGUUUCUCCAGCUAAACCCCUUGGGUUUGGGGUUUGUUGAUCUGGCUAUGACAAGAAGAUAUUUUACUGCUCCCUGUGCUGGUGUCAGGGAUGGUGAUUUUAGGACUAAUCAAUUUCCCUCUGGGAGGAGGGAAACCAUGGGGUAACACAGGGCAGAGUAGGAUUUCACCAUGGGAAUGGGGGCAUUUUGGGGUUGGGCUCUCAGCCUAUUGCACUGCUCUGUGUCCUCCAACCCCCUGCACUGCUGGAGGCCCCUGGGAACAGCAGGGAGAAGCCAAAUUGUCAGAAUCUCCUGGAAUGGCAGAGUAGGGUCCUGGAUUUUU